AUGUCUAAAGUUUGUUUUUAACAAUAAUAACCUAACAGCAUGCUCUUUUUUCGGGUAAAUUAUAAUUAUUUAUCGUGAAGCAAAUACAACAUUGAAAACGAAGUUAUAUUAAAAUUUGAUUGAAUAUAAACUUUAGAAAUGGCAGAUUUAAUUGACGAUCUUUUUGAAUGUUUUGAGGAAGACGCAACAAGUAAAGAAAACGAACAAAUAUUAGAAUGUGGCCCCGAAGGAAAGAGAAAAAAUGAUGAAGAAGAAACUGAAAAUAACUCUAAAAGGAUUAAAAAUGAUGACAUCAAUAUAGAUAUUAAUUUUGAGGAACUGAAAAAUCGCAUUAUUGUUCAUACCAUUGAUACAGUAGAUUCAUGCACCCAUGAAGUAGCAUGUCCACCAGGACAAGUAUAUAUUCCUUUGCAACCAGCAAGAGGCGAACCUGCAAAAAAUUUUCCAUUCAAAUUGGACCCUUUUCAAAAAGAAUCUAUUCUCUGUGUUGAAAAUAAUCAAUCCAUUUUAGUUUCUGCUCACACAUCUGCAGGAAAGACUGUCAUAGCUGAAUAUGCAAUAGCAACGAGUUUGAAGAAGAAACAACGAGUAAUAUAUACUACUCCAAUAAAAGCAUUAUCGAAUCAAAAGUAUAGAGAAUUUCUUGAAGAAUUCAAAGAUGUUGGUCUGAUUACCGGAGACGUGACAAUUAAUCCAAGUGCGUCUUGCUUAAUUAUGACAACAGAGAUUUUACGUAACAUGCUGUAUCGAGGUUCAGAAAUCAUGAGAGAAGUCGGUUGGGUCAUAUUCGAUGAAAUCCAUUACAUGCGUGAUAAAGAAAGAGGAGUAGUUUGGGAAGAAACUCUAAUAUUGUUGCCGCAUAACGUACAUUUCGUUUUUUUGUCUGCAACAAUACCGAACGCUAGACAGUUCGUUGAAUGGGUAGCACACUUACAUCAACAACCUUGUCAUGUUGUAUACACUGAUUAUAGACCUACUCCUUUACAACAUUUCAUUUACCCAGCUGGGGGUAAUGGAAUACAUAUGGUUGUAGACGAAACGGGUACGUUUAAAGAUGACAGUUUUAAUGCAGCAAUGGCAGUUCUUCAAAAUUUCGGAGAUGCAGCGAAAGGUGAUCAAAAAGGAAGGAAAGGAGGAUUUGCCAAUAAGGAUCCGACCCAAACUGAUAUAUUUAAAGUUACAAAAAUGAUUAUGGAACGAAAUUUUGCUCCUGUUAUUGUAUUCAGUUUUAGUAAAAAAGAUUGUGAAGUAUAUGCAAUGCAGAUGACCAAAUUGGAUUUCAAUACUACUGCAGAAAAACAACUGGUUGAUGAAGUUUUCAAUAACGCGAUGGAUGUACUGUCAGAUGAUGAUAAACAGUUACCUCAAGUUGAGAAUCUCUUACCCCUUCUACGUAGAGGUAUUGGUAUACAUCAUGGAGGCCUCUUACCCAUACUUAAAGAGACGAUCGAAAUUUUGUUUGGAGAGGGGUUAAUAAAAGCUCUAUUUGCGACAGAAACAUUUGCCAUGGGAUUAAAUAUGCCUGCAAGAACCGUUUUGUUUACUGGAAUGCGAAAAUUCGAUGGUAGUUCGUAUCGUUGGAUCACUUCUGGUGAAUACAUUCAGAUGUCAGGAAGAGCUGGAAGAAGAGGAUUAGAUGACAAGGGUAUUGUAAUCCUAAUGGUAGAUGAAAAGGUGCCUCCGGCAACGGGAAGAGAUAUAGUUAAGGGUCAAGCUGAUCCCAUCAAUUCUGCAUUUCAUCUAACUUACAAUAUGGUAUUGAACCUCUUGAGAGUCGAGGAGAUCAAUCCUGAAUAUAUGCUGGAAAGAUCCUUCUUUCAAUUUCAAAAUCAAACCGCAAUUCCCGGUUACUAUGAAGAUUAUCAUAAUAAAUUAGAAAAGUUCAAUUCGUUUGAUGUUCAAAAAGAAGAUCAAAUAUCAACUUACUACAAUAUUAGACAAGAAUUAAAUCUUCUAGGUGCCCAAUUUAGAAUAUAUUUAACAAAAUCGGAGUACCUUAUACCUUUUCUACAACCUGGUCGACUAUUAAAAAUCAAAACAGAAGAAGACGAAUACGAUUGGGGAGCAGUAGUGAAUUUUAAAAAAGUUCAAGAAGUUGUACCAGGUCGUAAAAAUAAACAAGGUCAAAGUAAAACGCAAACGAAAGUAAAAGUGGACAUAUUGCUUCAUGUAGUUUCCGAGUUGAGUGAAGAAACGGUUAUUCCAAAGCCAUGUACAGAUGAGCAGAAAGGAGAGAUAGAAGUUGUUAGUGUAGACUCAACUUUGAUAACCCAUCUGUCUUCUGUGAGAUUGUUCUGUCCAAAUGAUUUGAGGACUAAAGAUAGUCGAAAAGGAAUGUAUAAAGCAAUAAAAGAAGUGAAAAAAAGAUUUCCCGAUGGUCCUCCUCUAUUAAACCCCAUCACAGAUAUGAAAAUAAAAGAUUCGGAAUUUUUAAGUAUUGUAAAUAAAAUUGAAAUUUUAGAAAAAAAAAUGUACGAACACCCAAUACACAAAGAUGAACUUUUAGCAACAGAAUAUCCUAAAUACGAGCAAAAAGUUAUCGCUCAAGCAGAAUUAGAAGUUGCCAGAAAAAAAUUGAUGGAUGCCAAAUCCGUUUUACAACUCGAUGAAUUAAAAUCAAGGAAAAGAGUGUUACGGAGAUUGGGUUAUUGUACAAACACAGAUGUAAUCCAAUUAAAAGGCAGAGUUGCCUGCGAAUUAAGCAGUGCAGAUGAACUAUUAAUUACGGAAUUGAUUUUUAAUGGUGUCUUUGGAACUUUAACUCCCGCCCAGAGUUGUGCAUUGCUCAGUUGUUUUGUUUGCGACGAGAAAAGCCAAAAAACAAUAAAGUUAUCUGAUGAAUUAUCUGGACCUCUAAGAAUAAUGCAAGAUCUAGCUAGACGGAUAGCCAAAGUUAGCAACGAAGCUAAACUAACAAUUGACGAAGAUGAUUAUGUCGAACGUUUUAAACCGUUUUUAAUGGACGUCGUCUUCAAUUGGUGCAGUGGUAGUCCAUUCAAGACAUUAUGUGAAAUAACAGAUAUUUUCGAAGGUUCCAUAGUUCGGUGUAUGCGACGACUCGAAGAACUUUUGAGGCAGAUGGUACAAGCUUCCAAAACUAUCGGUAACACAGAUUUGGAAGAUAAAUUUAAUACGGCCAUAAAACUAAUUAAAAGAGAUAUAGUAUUUUCUUCUAGUUUAUACUUGUAAAUUUUAUUUGUUUCAACCUACCUACUGAGAAAUCUGUAAUAAUUCAAAUAAAAUUUUUAAAUUUAUUGUUAAUUCAA